AUGGCAAGCAAACUAUUAUCCCGCUACCCAUGGGCAUCAAGUCCCUUUAUAGUUGGCGCUCCAAUGAGAGUCAUGUCCGGCCCUAAGCUCGCCACCGCAGUAUCUCGAGCAGGUGGCUUGGGAUUCAUCGGACCAGGAGCCAAAACCGAAGAUAUGAAUCCCGAUCUUGAAGAGGCAUCGACUCUGUUAGACACUAGGAGGGCUUUGUCCGCGUUCAAUUCAUUAUCAACAUAUCCACUCCUUCCAAUCGGUGUUGGGUUUCAACUCUGGGCAGACGACAUGAAUGUAGCGACUACUAUCAUUGAGAAAUUCAAACCUUGCGCAGCCUGGUUAUAUGCUCCUAGAGAGGGAGCAAAGGACUACGAAGAGUGGUCUCGUCGGAUUCGUCAGGCAUCUCCUCAGACGCAGAUUUGGAUCCAGAUCGGUACCUUGAAAGAGGCAAGACAAUUCCUUCAAUGCUCUGAAAAGCCAGAUGUGGUUGUGGUGCAAGGUGCCGAAUCGGGUGGUCAUGGCCGGGCGAAGGACGGACUAGGUAUUAUGACCCUGUUCCCUGAAGUCGCAGAUGCCAUGGCCGGCAGCCAGAUUCCUCUGAUGGCAGCAGGUGGAAUUGCCGAUAGUCGUGGAGUUGCAGCGGCAUUGUGUCUAGGAGCAUCUGGUGUUGUCAUGGGAACGAGGUUUUUAGCUUCCAGUGAAGCGCGCAUCAACAGCGGCUAUCAAAAUGAGGUCGUUCGUGCCUCUGAUGGUGCGGUGAAUACCACUCGAACACUGCUCUACAAUCACCUCAGAGGGACUUUUGGAUGGCCUGCCGAGUAUAGCCCUCGCACCAUUAUAAACAAAUCAUUUUUAGAUCACCAGGCAGGUAGUUCAUUUGAAGAACUCCAGACUCUUCAUGAUGAGGCACAGAAGGCUGGGGAUAAUGGAUGGGGACCAGAUGGAAGAUUGGCAACUUAUGCCGGUGCUGCUGUGGGGCUUAUCCAUUCCGUUCAAAGCGCAGAAGAUAUUACUCGAGAUGCUAGGGAGGACGCGCUGAAGAGGAUCUAUCAACUCGGAAGGCUGUAG